AUGAAAUUCAUGAAACUAUUGCUUAUAAACGUGUUGCUGAUAUUCUUCGCCAGAGGGAAGUUAAAUCUGAAGCAGUACACAAAUUUGGUAGAGCUAGAUAUACAAUUUUUAAAUACAUAUAAAAAUGAAUUAAAAGAAAAAUAUGUAGGAAAUGACAACUGCAUAACGUAUGUACAUAUUACGAAAUAUUUUCAUUUAAAAAAAAAUCAUGUUGAAAUUAUCAUAAGGGGUGAUUUAAAAAAUAAGAGUGAUAAAACUGUUGACAAUUUUAUCUUUUUCCUUCCAUACCAUGAGGCUUUUCAAGCCACCACUCUUCAUGUGAAAGACAAGAACGAAAACCAUCUGAGAUAUCAAAUAUUGAAAGAAGUUCAAGACAAUGGGAAGGGCAUCAAAGUAGACCCUUUCAAUGAAGACUAUGACUUGGAACAGUUCCAAGUUAAAGUAUACAAAGUGAUGUUAAACAAAAAGUUACAUAAAAAUGAAAAAAUAUCUGUAGAAUAUGCAUACAGUAUUGGACAAGCUUAUUACCCAUUCCCAGUUGAUAUAUCCCUGAUGGAAAAUCAAAAUCUUUUAUUUUAUUUUUCUUCCAAAAUUUUAUUACCAUACAAUGUAGAAGAAAAAGAAGAAAUAAAAAUAUUUUUGUGCAGAAAUUGCACAAUUGUGCAAAUGGAGGAUCACAACUUUUUAAAAAAUUUCGAAAAAAUGAACGAUGAUACAUAUUUUUAUGAAAAAAAAAAAAAAAACGAAUUGAAUGCAUUUUCCUUGGGAUAUAAGGUUUUAUUUUAUUUCCAAUCAAAUAACAAUUUGGGAUAUUUUGAAAAGGUAGUAAAGGACAUUAAAAUAUCACAGCUUGGAUAUAUAUACGAAAAGGAAGAAUAUAUUUUACAUAACAAUGCAGCACGGGUAAAUAAAUUUGAUAGAUAUAUUCUUAGCGAUCUUGAAAAUAAGCACACAUCAGGUGAAAAGGAACCAAAGAACGAACAAACCACCAUUAUUUACUCCAUGAAAUCGAAAAUAAAUUAUGAUAUAUAUGAAUAUGAAUACUUUGAUGAUAUAGGAAAAAUAUACCUGAUUCGAGCUGAAGAAAUUUAUGAUAAGAAAAAGGAAAAAAGUCUUAUUCAAUUUGAUAUCAGGCCAAGAUAUCCCCUUUUGGGUGGUUGGAGAGCACAUUUUUUUAACGCUUUUUAUCAUCAUUCUAAUUUGUACCAAGUUAAGAACAAGAAAAAUUAUUAUGCUUAUAAAAUUGAUAUUUCUCCGUCGAUUAAGUCGUUUUUUAUAAAACAACUUAACGUGAGAAUUUUCCUUCCUCCGUUCUCUGAAGACGUUUCAAUAAUUUCAAGGGAUGACAACAUAAAUAUCUUGACAAGUAGUAAGAAAGAAUGGUUAGAUUGGUUUACCUUCAGAAAUGUAAUUGAAAUUCAAAUCGAGAAAUUCUUUCCUCAAAUAGACGAAAACUAUUACCAGAACAUGUUAGUUAUGUACAAGUUUAGGUUUUUUAAUAUUUUUCGGAAACCCAUCUUGAUCAUAUUUAUUUUGUUCCUUGUCAUACUCUUAUUUUUCUUUCUAAGGGGACUGACGUUCGAAUUUAACACGGAAAAUGAAAAUUUAGCUCGUAAGGAGCAUGCAGAGCAUAAGGUUUUUCUCGAAAAAUGCAAAGAGUUAUAUGAAAAUUUGUCUUACAUAUCAGACAAGUUGAUUCAGUCCCUGAGUAACCUAACCCCACAAGAGAAGAUGCACUUAAAAAAGGAACUGUUGGAAGGAGAGGAAAAGUGGACGUAUGAUUUUAUCUAUUUCACAAAUGAAUUUUACAGGAAUUUUGAAAACACCACUAAGAAACAAACAAUGCAAAAUUAUUUGGACAGAUGCUUUAAUUAUCAUGUUAUUGUGAAAAAGUAUUUCGAAGCACAGUUGUUGAAUGAUUUGAACAUCAAUUUGAAGGAAAUUGCUCAGGCAGAAAAAGAGCUCAUGCUUUUAUUAAAGUACAUUUAA